AUGACGGACCCAGACCUCAACAAUAAGCUCGAUAGACUACUCACUCUAUUGGAAGCUCAGCUAGAGCUUACUAGGCAGGGUCAUCGAGAGGAACGACUACAACGAGCUCAGCUGGGUAGGGAGGAGACAAUGGACCUCUCUCACUCGGAAGACCAAGCAGGAGGAGGAGAUGAGUCUAUGAUAGGAGACCCACAUACUCCUACUCCGGCUCCACGACCAAGACGAUCAGUCUCAUUCAACCUGGAUGAGCAGGAGGACAUCAACUACGAGAAGUAUGCUUCACCUACUGGGCCAAGAUAUGUCAAGACUAAGCUGGACCCCUACAGCAGGACUAGGACGGAUCCUUACCCCCUGGACCACGAGGAGGAUACCAGCAUCAUGGCAGAGCUUAACCGGUCAAAGCCCAUUGCCACCCCCUUUCCAAAGUUCAAUCCCCGAGACAUGGAGAUCUUCAUUCUAGAAGCCGAAGCAUGGUUUAAGUUCAACCAGGUGUAUGAGCAGUCUAGGAUGAUCAAUCACAUGGGUGCUCAACUGGAAGGGACAGCAAGAGAGUGGUGGACCUCCAAGCUCCGCAUUGAUAGAGCUAGAGAAGGAAGGUUGUUCAAUGAUUGGCACUACUUCACAGAGCGACUGUCAGAGCAGUUCAACCCACGCAAUGCUAGGAUGGAGGCAUACAACAAGCUGUUGGCUCUCAGACUCACAAGUGAUGCUCCUGGUGCCGCCACACGUCAUGUAGAGCGGUUCAGAGACUUGGAGGGACAGGUCAACCUAGAUGACAACGAGCUAGUGAUUGAUCUCUUCAGAGGAAGUCUCACUCGCAGCAUACAGGAGAAGUUUGAGAGGAAUCCACCCAGGAAGAGAUGGGAGUGGUAUCGAGAGGUUGAGGAGAUCGAUCGACAGAGGAUGCUACUACAGCAGUCUGUCAGGGGUCUCGCGCCUGAAACCCAGCUCGGCACGAUCAAUAUCAAUGUUAUGAUGACACCAAGGUCUGGUGUGAGUGUUGAUGAUGAUGAGAUUGAUGGUGUUGGUGAUGAGAUUGGUGAUGUCGAUGAUAAUGAGGUUGAUGGUGUUGGUGAUAAGGUUGGUGGCGUCGAUGAUAAUGAGGUUGAUGGUGUUGGUGAUAAGGUUGGUGGCGUCAACACGAGUGUCCAGUGUGUUGACUUGAUGCUUGAAGUGAUCCCCGGACCGCAGUGGACUACUGCCUUCGGUUCUAUCUAUAUCCGGACCGCUAACCUGCUAUGGGCGCCUUCGGACGUCAGGUAG